CCAUUGUUUUUUAGUACGGAUGGCACACUGCUGCCCCAUUCCAUACACACAUAGCUUCACGAAGCGUUCGCCAAGGCUGGUAGCACGACGUAAUGCUACCUACUGUCUUUUUCCUUCAUCCAGGUCUAUGCUCCAGGUGAUGUCACAAGCUGCACGUUUGCAGCGCGCGCACGAACCCUCUGUUUGAUCUGUGCGCGCAUGCGGAAAAGUUCUGCUUCGUGCUGCUUGCCAUUGCAAUUGUGCAAUUGCAGCGGCUGAAACAAUGCCACAGCGGCUGCGGCUGCUGCGGCGCCCAUGCAGUGCUGUGGGGUGCCGGAGCGAACAGAGCAAGAAGAGCUCCGUAUCAUUCUUCAGAUUCCCCAGGGAUCCCGUCAAGCGUAAGGCUUGGGAGAUGAAUAUGGGCAGGAAGGACUGGCACGCAUCUGACGCUUCUCUUUUGUGCUCGGAACACUUCAUGCCAGACUGCUACAAUGAAGAUUUGCGCCUGCACACCGAGUUCAGGAUACCCGUGAAGCUGAGGCUCCGGCCAGACGCGGUGCCGACGGUGUUCGCGCACCGACCCAUUCUGCAAGCCAAGCACCGUGGCGCUUUCGAAAAACGUCGAAGGAAAGAGGUCAUUGAUGCUAUCUUGAGAGAAAGUGGUGGGAAUGAAGAGCUUGACAUGCCGAAGGAGCAUUCCCCACUGGGUGCAGAAGUGGCCGUGAAAGCAGAUCCAUGUUGUCUAGGUGGCGCAAAUGACUCCUUGACCUCAACUGCCUCGUGUAGCACAGAUGCAGGUAUACAGAACGACUGUGGGAGGCAUUCUGAAUAUGUUCAAGUGUUUCUGCGACCAGUACAACAACUUGUAUGGAUUCAAACCACUACUGAGACUGCGAAUUCAGUGGCUGAACCAACUCUACCACGGCACCCCUGUUGCGCUGUGGGGUGUCGGAGCAAAAAGAGCAAGGAGAGCUCCGUAUCGUUCUUCACGUUCCCCAAGGAUCCGGUCAUGCGUAAGGCUUGGGAGAUGAAUGUGGGCAGGAAGGACUGGCGUGCAUGUGGCACUUCUGUUUUGUGCUCGGAACAUUUCACGCCAGACAGCUACUUUGGCGAUUUGCGCCUGCUCUCCGAGUUCAAGAUACCUGUGAAAAAGCUGAGGCUGCGGCCAGAUGCAGUGCCGACCAAGUUCGCGCACAGACCCAUCCUGCAAGCCAAGGGCCAUGGCAUUGGGCCAUUGGAAGAAUGUCGAAGGAAAGAGGUGAUUCAUGCUCUCUUGAGAAAAAGUGAUGGGAAUGAAGAGCUUGACAUGCAGAAGGAGCAUUCCCCACUGGGAGCAACAACGGCCGUGGAAGCUGAUCCAUGUUUAGGUGGCACAAAUGACUCCUUGACCUCAACUGCCUCUUGUAGCACAGAUGCCAGCAUACAGAACGACUGGUCAGGGCAUUCUAAAUUUGUUCAAGUGUUUCUGCGACCAGUGCAACGACAUGUACGGAUUCAAACCACUACAAAGACUGCAGAUUCAGGUUCGCAAACUGAUGUUGGAUUUGAAGUAGGAGCUGAAGACAUUGACACUACCUUAGUGUGGCACUCUGCUCCUCAUAAAAGCCGGCAGUAAAGUGGUGAACCGUUCAUCAUUUCUCAUGAUUUGGACUCUUCGCAUGGGCUGCUGCGCGCAUGGUUGUCUGCUGGUUGAAUGAAGUCGGUGGCAGUAACAACAUGGAACUGGAACACCUUAAACGAGGCCCGAGAUACCUGAAAUGUCAAGGAAUUACAAUUGCCACACUAAUAACUGACAGGCAUGGACCAACCAGGAAGUGCCUUGCCUGCAGCCCUAGAGAUAUAGACCACAGAUUUGAUGUAUGGCAUUUUGCAAAAGCUUCGUUGUGUUCUCCAAAUGUCAAGGCAUCAAGGAGAAACUUCUAGCGGCUACAAAGCACUCCAAGGACAGCAGUGUUAUUGCUUUUUUAAUAAAAUUAAUCAUCAGUCACCUGUA